UCACAGAAGCCCAGAUAACCCAGAAGCCACUGGGUUUCCGGCCUCUCCUCAAAGGGGCAGCGUGGAGGCGCCAUCUUCCCGCUCCCGUGCACCAGAUUUUCCCACCGAAAGUCUGGUGCCCCCUUUCCGCCAGAACACCAGAACUUUCUGUCCAGCCGUGAGCCACCCCUGUGCCAGCCCUGUGCCCCGAGAGAGCGUCGGAGAAGGUCUGUAAAACGGGUGAAGGCCUCAUUCGUGUCGCGGCCUGGUUCUAGCCAGCAGCCCCUCCGCCAUUUUGGGGGCGGCCGCGAAGGCGCCGUCAAGCCGUUGGCCCGUCUCAACCGUUUCUAAAUCCCAAAUCGGUGAGACAUGAUGCAGAGAGGGAACGUGGGGAGAGGAAACAGGGGAGGUGGCAAGAAACCUUCGGGAAAAGAGAAAUUACAGCUUAGUGUAUGUGAUCUGUCGUCUGACGAAUUUAAAAAGACCUGGCUAAUGCUCAAAGAGCUCCAUGACAAGGAGCUACGCCGUUUACAGGCAAAAUUAACCAGUUUGAGGAAAGAGCGAUUGGCUGACGGAAGGUGGUCGGGCUCCAUAGCCAAAAUUAAAGAGCUGACCGGGCAACAGAAAGUCCUCAACAGCACCAUUCGUAACUUGCGAGAUCAGUUAAACUCGAAAGAAUGCGAGCGCUGUUCAAUAAAUGAGACCUACAGGAACACACUGCAGCAAGAGUUUUAUGGGAUCCAGCAACAAAACCUUCACUUUAUUAUGGAGCUUACCGCAGAAAGGAAUAACUUAAGAGAACAAAACAAAAGGCUUUCUGCAAAACUGAGAAUGAUCGAGCAACAGCGUAACGCUUCUCUCAGUAGCGACGAGGACUUAAUUCCUUGCGCUCAAGCGACUCUGCCAGUUCUUUCGGACACGGCGUUUGCUCAAGGAGCUCGGGUGCAUCUGCCCGUGAGAUCGACACAGGAAUCAGAUACCGACCAGCCGAAAUCUGGAGUUCAAAAGGAAUCGCAAGAGAGUUCGAAGUUUCCGGUCCCGUUUUACAGUCAGGACCUCUUUGAGGUGCCAGAGACCUCUUCUGAGAUGAUUUCUUCUCAAGGCAGUGAGUCCGCCUUAGAGAGCAGUGCCAACCCGAAGUCCCCUGAAAGUUUAAUUUUAACACCUACACCCAGUGCUCAAACGGGGUAUGGAUUUCACGAGGGUUCGGACAACCAGGAAGAAAAGUUCGGCCGGCCAAAAAGGAAAUACAUCUCAACACAGAGGACCUUCACACAGAAGCGCAAAACUCGGAUGGGCUUCUGUUGGACCCUUUCCAGUAGUUCUGCCUCAGAAAACCCACCUGUUCAAUUGGUGUCUGAAACUUCAGAGGAAAAUAUGCCUACUUACACUAGACGUAGCAUAAUUUCCUCUUUUACAGAGACAAAGGAAGAUUCCCCUUUAAGUGUACCUCUUGUUGACUCUGGCGGAGAAAGUGGUGGGAAAACAAGAUUAAUGGCUAGUGAUGUGCAGCGCGGCACUGGGUUUCCUGUAAGAGCCGGCGGGAACCAGACAGCUUCCGAUGAACAAUCCACUGAACGAUUCACUGUGAAGAAUACUAAUGAACCUACAGGUGCAGGGUAUGGUGCCAACAAGCCUCAAGAUGAUACCCAAAGUGUCAGAAUAAAGAGAAAAGCCAGGGUGCAGUCCAAAAAACGGGAGAAGUAACUUCCCCUCGUCCUCUCAAGAAAAAUGUUUUUCUUUAACAAGAGGACAAUUUUCUCGUCACUUCAGACUGUGGAACUGAUUACCCCUGACUCUGAUUCCGUUUCGUACCCCUGACUCUGAUUCCAUCUCUCAGGAAAUAAUAUGCAAAACGACAAGAACAAAACACAAGUUGGGCAAAUGACUAAGACAUCAAAACGGUGAAUUAUUGCCAGUGAAUCACAAUCAAACGCAGCCACAAAGAGAGAACGACGUUCGUUCUUUAGAAGUGUUCGACCUCCAUAUAAAAAUGGAGAGGUCUGCCAUGUUUUUUGUUGAACUUAAGUUGCUACUGUUUAUGAAUCGAAAGCCAAGAGAGGACCUGAAGGGUGUGGACUUGUGAGAGUUCAACACUUAAAUGUACAUAGAUUGACUAAAAUAUUUACCAGGCAAGACAACGUAACUAGGAUACAUCCAUUGAGAAAGAUCCCGAAGCGGAUUUUUUUCAGAACAGGAUGAAUAGGACUUUACACGUACAAAAGAUAAAGAGCAGAUACGACACAGACCGUAUACGGGUUAUGAAGAAUGUGCUUUUAAACAUCAGAAAGCAAGAGCAGAGGAAAGAAAAACCUAAUGAACAAAGACCACAGAUUUUCAACAAGCAAGGUCAACGUUUACAAGAGAAGCAAGAACUAUGAAGUUCUCAAGAAACAAAGCAGUUAUGGUCUUAUCCAUGACUUUAAAAAGGCAGCCAGAAGCUCGUCACUGGCUACCACAGCGGCGUGCGUGUGCACGUGUGCACACGCAUACGCCAACCAGAGUGGAGGAGAGAAGAACCAGUCAUCAGUACCUCUCCCCCUCCUCCUUUUCUUCCUCCCCCUGCCCCCAUCUUACUUUCCCUGGGCUGGGGUGGUAUUCAACGCCUUUUUUUUUUUUUUUUUUUUUUUUUAAAUGUGUCUUUUGGGCCUUUUUUUUUUUUUUCUUAAACAUUUAUUGAGAAAAUUCAUGUGCCAUAUAACACGGCCCAUUUAAACAGUGCACAAGACAACAGUUUAUAAUAUUUUCAGAGAGAUGUAAAACCAUCCCCCCAGGGUUAGAAUAUCGUCAUUACCCUGAACAGAAGCCCCGCACACAGCCGCAGUCACUAUCCGCACAUGCCCACUUUCUGCCUUGCAGGACAACAAAAACAGGGAGCUGUGGCUGUAGUUGUUUAACCGAUUCAUUAUCUCUUAGAAUGAAAUACCAGCAGCAUUGAAAACGAUCUCCCUUUAUUGAUUUCUUCACCAAAACAAGGGAAGACAUCCGAUGUAGUCUCAGUAUAAUCUCGGAUUUUUAUUCUAAAUCAUAUAGUCUUAGAACUUAAGGAUUAUAGUUGUUUUGCUAUUUGAUUAAUAUCUUCUAGUAUUUGUUAUCAGUAUCUAGCUAUUUUUAGGAUUACUUAUUUACUUACUUACUUAACUAUUUUGAGAGACAGCAAGUAGGGGAGGAGCAUAGAGAAGAGGACAGAGGAUCCGAAGUAGGCGCUGUGCUGACAUCGAGAGCCCUGUGCGGGGCUCAAACUCAUGAACCGUGAGAUCCUAACGUGAACCGAAGUCCGAUGCUUAACCGAUUGAGCCACCCAGGUGCCCGUGCCCCGUAUCUAGCUAUUUUUAUUAAUGCUUUAUUUAUGUUUUGAGCGUGAGAGAACGCGAGCAGGGGAAGGGCAGAGAGGGGAACCGAGGAUCUGAAGCAGAGAGCUUCAGCAGAGAGCUGUGCUGAGAGCAGAGAGCCCUGUGUGGAGCUCGAAUUCACAGACUGUGUGAUCGUGACCUGAGUCGAAGCCAGAUGCUUAACAGACUGGAGCCAUCCAGAGGACAUGCAGUUUAUGAAAAUCCUUUGGUUAUUCUAUCAUAUAAAGAACUGGUAAUACCAGCAAAUAAUACAACAGAACACCAAGGGACAACAAAACAGAGCCUGAAAAAGAACUCGACACUGUCCAGUACGAUACAGUGGUUCUGUGAAGAUAACACCAGCAUUCGUUCCCCUCGGAAAACCCCUCCUGUCUUUUUGUUUGCUUCUGUGUUCCAAAUCCUGGGUCCAAUAAAAGCUAAAGUAUUAAAUAUGA